UAGGCUCCUGUCCAGACCGCCAAGUGUCUGGCAGGCGUCAAGUUGGAGCACCCGCUUGUUCGUCGUUUAUCCACUCUUUGUGAUUUGCUUGUGCUUCCAACAUCAUGAAAUACAUUUUGGUGACCGGGGGCGUGAUCAGCGGAGUCGGCAAGGGUGUUAUUGCAAGUUCUUUUGGAACAAUACUAAAAAAUUGCGGCAUUCCUGUGACAUCUAUCAAGAUUGAUCCAUAUAUAAAUAUAGACGCCGGCACAUUUUCACCUUAUGAACAUGGUGAGGUUUACGUUUUGGACGACGGAGGCGAGGUUGAUCUUGAUUUAGGUAAUUACGAACGUUUCCUGGACGUUACGCUUCAUAGAGAUAAUAAUAUAACGACUGGGAAAAUCUAUCAAUCUGUUAUUAAUAAGGAGAGAAAGGGCGACUAUCUUGGAAAGACUGUACAAGUCGUUCCACAUAUCACAGAUGCAAUUCAAGAAUGGGUAGAUAGAGUUGGUAAUGAAUCAGUAACUCAAGAUGGAAGCAAACCAGUCGUCUGCAUUGUGGAGCUCGGCGGCACUAUCGGAGACAUCGAAGGCAUGCCUUUUGUAGAAGCAUUCAGGCAGUUUCAAUUUCGCGUAAAGAAGGAAAACUUUUGUUGCGCUCAUGUAUCUCUGGUGCCGCAGCCACGCUCAACAGGGGAACCGAAAACAAAACCGACCCAAUCGAGCGUAAGGGAAUUACGUGGAUUGGGCUUAUCACCAGAUUUAAUAGUGUGUCGAUCUGAAAAGCCUAUCGGCGAUUCGGUUAAAGAAAAAAUUUCAAACUUCUGUCACGUCGCUCCUGAGCAGGUUCUUACGAUUCAUGAUUUGUCAUCGAUCUACCGGGUUCCGCUUCUGAUGGAAAGUCAAGGAAUCAUCGAAUUUCUCAAUGACAGACUUCAAUUAAACAUAGUGAUGCCAAGGCCACGUUACUUCAUGCGCAAAUGGAGAGAUCUUGCCGAGCGCAUCGAUCAUUUGCGCAAAGAAGUAAAUAUUGCACUUGUCGGGAAAUACACCAAACUAGAAGACUCUUAUGCCUCUGUGACUAAAGCGUUACAGCACGCAUCUGUCGAAGUAGGAUACAGAGUAAAAUUAACGUAUAUCGAAGCAGCAAAUUUGGAACAGGCCAUGAAACAAGAAAAUCCAGUAUUAUAUCACGAAGCUUGGCAACAACUUUGCAAGAGCAAUGGUGUGAUAGUUCCUGGUGGGUUUGGAAAAAGAGGCAUCGAGGGUAAGAUAGAAGCGUGCAAAUGGUGCCGUAUGAACGAUAAGCCUUUCCUUGGUAUUUGUAUGGGAUUACAAGCGGCUGUUAUCGAAUUCGGUCGUAACGUCUUGGGCGUGGCAGGCGCCAAUAGCACAGAAAUUGAUCAAUACACAGAUCAUCCAAUUGUUAUUGAUAUGCCUGAACAUAAUCCAGGUCAAAUGGGUGGAACGAUGAGACUGGGCAAAAGAUACACUCGUUUCACUGCAGCCAAUUCCAUAAUCAAACAAUUAUAUGGCAAUAAAGAGGGUGUCGAAGAGAGGCACCGACAUCGGUACGAAGUCAAUCCAAAGUACGUUGAUGACUUGGAGACAGCGGGUCUGAAAUUCGUAGGUCACGACGAUGAAAAGGUUCGAAUGGAAAUAAUCGAACUCGAAGGACAUAGUUACUAUGUUGCCACACAAUUUCAUCCAGAGUAUUUAUCAAGACCUUUGAAACCCUCUCCACCGUUCCUGGGUCUCAUCUUAGCCAGUGUAGGAAAGUUAAAAAAUUACUUAGCUAGGGGUUGCAGACUUUCACCUCGACAACUCAGUGACAACGAGUCGGAUGAGGAUUAUCCAAUAGAUCCCUUAGUCAAAUUACAGAUAUCCGGUACGUCGAGUAAUGGUAGUACAUGUUCAAGUAAUUAAUUGUUGCAAUAUUCUGAAAUUUGCAUACGAGAUAAGAUUAUAAUUAUGGAACGUAGUUAAAACUAUUUCACAUAAACUCAAUGUUCGUCCAGGUCUCCUUACUGUUUGCUCAAUCAUUUGCGAAGGUGCUCAGUACUCAUUAUUAUAUUCCAAUCCAAUGUUUAGUACUGCAGUUGUUUUAAAAAAGAUCUGAAUGGAGUUUUAUAUAAUCAUCGUUAAUAUCAGAUUUAAUUUUUAAUUUAUUGUGUUCAAUGGUCGAUAUUUUUAUUUUUGAUCUCGAUUCGCAUGUCUACUUCCGAUCCAAGUUUAGGCAAAUUUUAUCACUCAUUCAGUUGUCAUAUCCAAUAAAGGAGAAAAACACAUGAUGAGCGUGCACUUAAUUGCUUUACGGCACAUCAAAAUCAUGUGUCGUUAGGCUAAAUUCGUAUGUAAUGUUGUUGACCUAGCAUAUGGAAAUUGAAGAUACACAUCCUUUACACAUAAGUGCAUUGUAACUUUAUAAUCAUUUAAGUUUAAUGAAUAGUGUAUUGCUCUUAUUAAAUAUAUACCUUUUGUAUUAUUUACCAUAA